AUGGAUGAAGAACGCACAUUUACUUUCAUAGAAAGUCAAAAGAUGAAGCGUGUGCUGCUGUUGAAUGGUCACAGAUACAAUUUAAAUAUCACAAAUAAGGGAGGGUCAACUCUAUGGAGAUGCUCCAAGCGCAAUGAGUGUAGUGCAUCUGUUACAAUUAAUAAAGACGAAAACAAGAUAAUUCGUCAGUUAAAUGAGCAUACUUGUAAAGCUAAUUUCGAUAAAAACAGGGCAGACAUAGUGAUGGACAAAUGCAAGAAAUUAGUUCGCCAAAAAGCAAAACUUAUCCAGAUUUUUUUUAGAAAGAAUUCGGAAAAGUGGAUGAGAUUCAACAGGUACCCGAUUUUAACUCAAAAAAAGACACUGUUCAGGGCUCGCCGCAAAUAUUUGAAUGUUUGUAAUAGUGAAUUCGAAAACUUGAAUGAUCUUACAAUUCCAAAAAUAAUGGCCAAAAGUUUCCUUGUUCGUGAAGAUGGAUGUGACAAUAAUAAAAUUUUAAGUCUACCGUAG